GGCUUUGAAAUCGCGCUUACACCAGCCGCAAACAGCGGCGAGGUAGGCAUGCUGGUAUAAAAUCGAACGAUUCCUCGAUCAAAGUGACAGUAUUCGGGCCUAUCCACGCGGUGUAUCAUCCUUUGCUGUGCAUUAUCAUAACUGAAACACAAGAGAUGCAUCGCACUAUUGUUACUAUUAUCGCCACCGUCUGUUGUUUCCUCGUAUUGAAAGCAACGGCGGAAGAGGCUGUCCAACAAAAUCAACAAUCUCUGGAUCUCGGAAAUGUCGCUAUCGAAGAUCAGGUCGAUGGGGGCCCAGUACACACUAGGGAAAAGAGAACGCUGUUCUUGAAGAAAAAGUUACUCGGAGCUGGUCUUCUUGGUUUUGGUCUCGGUGUCGCAAAGGGUUACAAGACUGGUUACUUUAGCGCACCGGAAGUGCAUCACGUCUACCUUUCUCCACCAGUGAAGUACGUGGAAUAUGUCGAGAAGCCCAUUUAUAUAGAGAGAAUUGUUCCAAAACCUAUUUACAAACCGCAUGCCGAGUACGCUCCGCCAGUGUGGUCGCAACCAGACCCAUCCUACGGUGGCUGGUAAAUCUAGAAUGCAGUUCACGUUAACAACAACGUACAAGCCUGAUCUCCUUGCUUUAUCUCGAAAUUCUAGGAACAGCCAAUAAUUGCGUCUGCAUCUCACGUUGCGUCUCACAGUCAAGUCAUUCAACUUUAAGUAUAAGGAUAUAACAAUCUAGCGAUAAUGAUGAGAAAACUUGUUAUUUUUUGUUACUGAUGUUACAGAUUAAUAAAUCAUGGUUUGUAAACAGA